UCCUAGUUCAAAAGCAGCCAGGUUCAAAGUGGCCUGCAGAUUGCCCUGAACUCAUUUCUCAAAGCUGCUACAAGAGCCCAGGAAGAUCCAGGAUGAACGGCCUCCUCCUCCUCACCAUCAGUCUCCUGGUUGUGGUUCAGAUACAAACAGGAGUCUUGGGAAACUCUACGGCUUCUGCUACUGGUGCUACUGGUGCUACUGGUGCUACUGGUGCUGCUACUACUGCUGUGCCUACUCCUAAGAAAGCUGCUACUCCUAAGAAAGCUGUUACUUCUAAGAAACCUGUUACUACAAAGAAAGCUGCUGCUACUACUGCUAAGAAAGUCGCCACCACCCACCACCACCCCAACACUCCCCCCCCAACCCCUGGGAAACCCCCAAAGGCGGGGGCCUCAUCCAUCAUCAAUGCAGGUGCCUGCAGUGUGCUCUUCUUUGCCAGUACCUUACUGUGCCUCUUCUACCUCGGCUGAGGAGGCUUGGCUUCUAAAGCCCCAUGCUCCUCACCCCAACCCGGUUUGUGGGAAGGGUUGACCCCAGAGAUUCAAGGAGGUUACAGUUGACAGCCAAUGGCGAGAAUGGCGAGGUACACUGAUG